AUGGCAAAUCGAAUCAGUGUCACAUUUCGUACAUCAACUUCAUUUACAGCUCUUAUUACUUAUAAUUGUUCUUUGACAUAUAUAUAUGGUUUAUCUGUAUUUUUCAAUGAAACACAAGGAAUUUAUUGUUCUGUAAGUGAAUAUAAUUCAAACAAUGGGAUUGUGAGUGUGACAUGUAACAAUAUUCAAAACAAUGCUGGUCGAGCUUGGACAUUCAGUUUGAUUCAAGAGUUUGUUUAUAGUCAAGUUAUUCUUAAUGAAACAUUCACUGUUACUUUAGAACCGUUAUCUCUUAAUAUAUUUACAUAUAUCGCAAUAACUAUUAAUGAAGAUCAAAGAGCAGCAACGGUUUUUAUAAAUAAUUGUCUUAAUAUAUCUCAUAGAAAAUAUCUUGUUUUUCGUUGUAAUGAAUUUGAUCUAUUAAAUAAUACUCUUUCAAAUAACUGUACUUAUAUAUGUUAUAAUCUUGAACCAGGUUCAAUUUAUUUUGCAUCAUUAGUUCGAUUACCUAUUCGAAUAGUAGAUAAAACAGAAGAUGAAUAUGAUAAUACAUUUCCAGAAGAAAUUCUCAAUCGAACUUACAAAACAAGUCUUGAUAAAGUAACAAAUUCAAUCUUCGAUGAAGAUUCAAUAAAUAAGAAUAAAAUGAAUAUUUAUUUUAAUCGUCCACGUGGAUAUUAUCAACAAAUUCAAAUUACUUGUAAUGGAUUAGAUCAAUGUUGUUUAUAUAAUAAUACAGAUUGGGCGAUUACAAUUGGAAAUUGUUCUUAUUGUAAUACCAUUUCAAUAUUUUCAAUUGUACGAGGAAUUACAUACAAAUGUCAAGCAAAGACUAUGAAAGAGAAUUUCGAUGAUAGAAUAUCUGAUGAAUAUAAUUUCACUAGUGGUCUUGAACCCAUAUUAUAUAAUGGAUUGAAUUAUUUUAACGCAAGUGCUAUUAAUUUGAAUGUGAUUUCGCAAAGUGAUUUUAAUUCUAUUGAGUUAAUAUGUAAUGUUGAUAAUGAUCAAACAUAUCCAUGUUCGAAUUCAACAGCAGUAACAGAUUAUUGUUCAACAUUUUUAUAUUUUGUUGGUAUUCGCGGAUGUAAUUAUAGAUGCUAUUUUGUAACAAAAAAAUAUAAUUAUGAUGAUAAACGUUCAAAUGAAUCCAGAUUGAUAUUUUUUCCUCCGAAGCCAAACUUAUUUGAGUAUGGAAAAGGAUCACGAUGGAUAUUUCUCCAUUGGGCAGUAAAUGAAUUAGCAUAUAUUCAAUCAUUUGAUUUAUUUAUAAAUCAAACUCAAAUUAGCAAUAUUAAUAAAUCAAUAUUUUCGUAUAAUUGUACUGAUCUAUUGCCUAAUAGAAAUUAUGAAUUAUACAUUCGACUCAAUUCAAAUUAUCAAGUUUUAUCUGAUCGAAUUCGUGUAGCAACACUCGAAGAAGUCAUUACAGCAUCACAAAAACCAACUAAUAACGAAAUUGAGUCAAAAAUCAUUCUAAAUAAUACUGAUGAUGAAUCAACAAGUGAACAACAUGUAAUUAAGAUUGACCGAUCAUUAUUUUCUAAUGAAUAUGGUAUUGUUCGGCGUUAUGUUAUCUACGUACGUCAAAAUCAAAACAAGAUUGAAACUAGUCCAGAUAUUAUUGGAACAUAUGAUGAAGCUUUGCAAAAUUCUUCAAUAGAUUAUUUAGCUCAAAUUAUUUCUGUUUACCCAUUGAUAAACAAAUUUAGUACAGUUCAAGAUUAUGAUAACAAAAUUCGUAUAAUAAUUGGUACUGAAACACGGUGUUUGCAGAGUUAUGAUUCUUCUAUUCCAUGUAAUGGCAAACUUAAAUCAGAUAGGAUUUAUAAAAUUAUUGUUGGUGGUUGUACAAGUACUGAUUGUACUUAUGCACUUUCACAAUCAUUUCAAACAAAAAGUGAAAAUAACAUAUUCAAUGAAGAUAAAUCUAGAUCAUUAUCGAAAGCAUGGGUUGCUGUAUUUCCUAUUGUAGCUGUUUUGAUUCCUAGUAUUGGUUUAAUGAUAUGGAAACGAAAAGGAUUAAAAAGAUGUUGUUUUAAAAAACAAAAAGAAGAAGAUAACAAUCUAACAACCGUUGAUUUACAACCCGUAGUAUCAACAUCAGAUGUUUAUAAUUUUCAAGAAAUUAAACCGAAAUCUUUAAUUGAAUAUAUUAAUAUAACAGAUGAAGAUAAAAUAGUUAUAAAUGAUGAAUUUCAAAUGUUAACAAAUUUAGCUCCACAAUCGAAUCAAUCAAAACGUUCUUCACCUUUUGACCGAUAUCAGGAUAUUACAAGUCGAGGUCCAUGGGAAGAAACUGCUGUUCAUUUAACUGAUAAUCAUCGUAAACAUGAUUAUAUUAAUGCAAAUAAAAUUCGAGGUGUAAAUAGUCUUAAACAAUAUAUUGCUUGUCAAAGUCCAUUAAAAAAUACAUGUGGAGAUUUUUGGGAUAUGAUUAUUCAAUAUAGAAUAACAAAAAUUGUUAUGUUAAAUCAGUUUGAUCAAACAAAUAUACAAGAUCCUUCCGCAACAACUCAAUGUUAUCCUUAUAUUCCAAUGAAUAAAGAUGAAACAUUAGAAUUUAAUAAAAUUCAAAUUCAAGUUAUUAAUAUUGAAUAUUAUCUUGAUAAUCAACUUGAAAUUCGUCGUUUACUUGUUCAAAAAAAUAAAAAACAAUAUAAUAUUAUUCAUUUCUUUUUUACCAAUUGGUCAAAACAUGGUACUGUCGAUUGUCGAACUCUAAUUGAUUUAAUUGAAAUAGUUAAUCAAUAUGACCAAGUAUCAAUUAGUUUAUCAUCACCUAUUGUUGUUCAUUGCAGUUCGGGUACUGGUCGAACAGGAACUUAUAUUGCCGUUGAUAUUAUAACUCGUUUACUUGAUCGAUCUGAUGAACAAUUAACAAGAAUGAAACUUGAUGUAAUGGGAAUAGUUAAUCAAUUAAAACAUGAUAGAACAAAAAUGGUGCAAACAGAAAAACAAUAUUUAUUGAUUCAUCAUUGUGUAGAAGAAUAUUUAAGAAAAACAAAUCGAUUAGAUUUAAUAAUAAAUGAAUUCAAUAAUUAUCAAACAAUUCCUGAUUCAUUACCAAAAUUUCGUGAAAGUCGUUAUAUACAUUUAUCUGAUUCAAAACAUAAUUCAAAAGUGAAUUCAUCAUCAAUAAUUGAUGCUGUAGAAGAUGAAGAAAUGAAAAAAGAUAUAUCUAAGAGAAUUGAAAAUGGACAAGAAUUAAUAAAUGAACAUGAAUAUGAUUAUGUUCAACCAGAUGAUAGUUAUUUAAAUAAUCAAUGA